AUGACUGGCCAAUUCGUCGCGGGUACAGCGGUCGCGAUUUCUGGAAUCGCCAUUGUUCCAGCCAUUUUUGCCGCCUUCCUUCUAUUGAACGAGAUCAACACAUUCCAAUCGGAGGUUUACAGCGGACUCGAGGAGUUCAAGACGUUUGCCGAUGAUGCUUGGACGCAAAUGAUUCCGCACGCUGACAAGUCGGUGAGCUUCGAGAGAUUCGUGAGACGAAUCCGACGCGGGUACGAUUCGGGCGUCGCCGCGUCGGCGUCGUCGUCGCAAUCCGGCGGAUCGUGCAAUUGCGGACCACAGCCAACGAAUUGUCCCGCCGGACCGCCGGGACCACCGGGAGAGCCAGGUGUGCCGGGUGACGACGGACCACAAGGGAAGCCCGGAAACCCGGGACAGGACGCCGUCGAGGGAAGCAGAAUGGCCGAUUUCGACAAGAACGUCAAGUGUCCGGCGGGACCACCGGGUCCACCGGGACCCGACGGCGUCACAGGCCAUCCGGGACCCGAUGGCGAGCACGGACAAGACGGCGCGAAUGGAAAAGACGGCGAGCCGGGAGCCGACGGACCGCCGGGCGACGAGGGAGCCCCAGGACUUCCGGGACCACCAGGCGAGAAGGGAGCCGACGGGCAGAACGGGCAGAAGGGACACGGAGCGCCGGGACCCGUCGGCGAGCCGGGAGCGCCAGGCGAGCCUGGAAGAGACGGCGAGCCGGGACGAGACGGCGAGCCAGGACAGCAGGGAGCCGAAGGACCAGCCGGUCCGGAUGGAAACGACGGAAACCCGGGAGCCGACGGGCCGCCGGGUGGAAAUGGAGACGUCGGCGCGCCAGGAGCCGACGCCGCCUAUUGCCCAUGUCCACCAAGAAGCUCUGCCGUCGUCGGAGGCUCCAGCUCCUAUGAUAGUGGCAGUGCGCCAGCGUCUGCUCCAGCUCCACCAGUGGCGCCACCAAAAUUGCACGACUACUCUUCACCAGCGCCACCUGACAACGCGCCAGCAGCUCAUCCAUACAAGUAG